AGUGCGGCUUCGUCAAGUACAACAAGCCACGAAGAACAAAGAGGGACCGUUGAAACACAACUAACCAUGCAGAACUUGAAGCUGACCAUCCUCCUUGCCCUCGCGGCCACAUCCAUGGCCGGGUACCUGAACGGCGGCGGGCUCGGCGUCACCUAUUCUGGCGGUGGCCUUGGCUACGGAGGCCUCGGCUACGGCGGUCUCGCCCUGGGCUACGGUGGUGCGGGAUACGGUGGUCUCGGUUACGGUGGACUAGGCUACGGUGGAGGACUCGACUACGGCGGAGGACUUGGCUACGGUGGUCUCACUUACGGCCUAGGAGGACUGGGCGGCGGACUCGGCUAUGGCCUUGGAGGACUGGGAUACGGCGGUGGCGUUGUGGCCGCUGCUCCAGUCGCGGUCGCUGUGGCGCGCCCAGUGGCCGUCGCGAGACCCGUAGCGGUCGCUCAACAAUUCGUCGUGCAGAGGCCAGUGGCCGUUGUUCGGCCGGUUGCGUAUCAGAGGACUGUGGCCGUUUCUCAACCUGUCGUCCAGAAGGUCGUGGCUCAGCCAGCCGUAGUCGCUGUUCAACGUCCCGUAGCAGUUGCAGUCGCUCGUCCCGUCGCCGUCGCUCAACAAGUAGCUGUCGCUCAACCAGUAGCAGUCGCUCAACCAGUAGCAGUCGCACAACCAGUAGCAGUCGCCCGGCCGGCGGUCGCCGUCACCCCUGUGGCCGUCGCUGCUGCUCCAGCUGCCGUCGGUGUCGUCGGAUACGGCGGCGGACUGGGAUACGGUGCUGGACUGGGCUAUGGCGCCGGACUUGGCUACGGACUGGGAUAUGGUUACGGAGGUCUUGGCUACGCAGGAGGGCUCGUCGGAGUCGGCUACGGAAGCGGCCUAAGCUACGGCCUCGGAUACGCAGGGUACGGAGGUGGACUGACACCAGGCUACAGCCUCGGAGGCUACGGCUACGGCUACGGCGGUUACGACUACCUUCGCAAGAAGAAGUGAGCUGCUGGAACGGUGGUGCGCAGUGCGGUUUGAAUGUGACGUCAUCAAAGGACUUGUCAUCGACAGUGUGGCUUUUGUGGACUGAGUGGGACCAGGUCGAGGGCACCCAGAACCAAAGUGUACAGAAAAAUAAAACGGUCGCAUGUACAAA